AUGGCCGAAUUCUCAGUCGAGCGAGUGGAGGACAAGCGAACGGUGAACGGUCGUACAGAAUAUUACCUAAAGUGGAAAGGAUAUCCACGCAGCGAAAACACUUGGGAGCCGGUCGAAAAUCUGGAUUGUCCCGAUCUUAUAGCAAUGUUUGAAGAAUCACUGAAGAACAAUAAAAAGGAGACGAGAAAACGCUUAUCCACAUCAACGCCAGAUUCAAUAAGAAGUAAGCGAAAGUCUUUCAUGGAGGACGAGCCCGACGAGCGCAAGAAGCUGAUCGGCUUCGACCGGGGCCUGGAGCCAUCGAAGAUACUGGGUGCCACCGACUCAUCGGGCUACCUGAUGUUCCUCAUGAAAUGGAAGGGCAGUGAUCAUGCCGAUCUAGUGCCAGCCAAGCUGGCCAACAUCAAGUGCCCCAAAGUCGUUAUACAAUUCUACGAAGAGCGUCUCACAUGGUACACUGGUAACGGCAAUGGCAAUGGUAAUGGUAAUGGCUCAGCCAGCGGCAGCUGCAGCGCGCACGUCGAGAGUGCCGCGGGCAGCAUUGGUACUCCCGGCAGCACUGUCGAGGCCAGUCCCAGUGGCAGCAUUAACGAUGAGAAUAUUAAGCCGGACGCGAGUGCCGAUAUGGGAAUUGUGGAUACCGCUUAAAUUCUUACAUGGAUUGCGCACACACACUCACGUAAACUUGUAAAACACACGGGCACAGACUCACUCACACAGGCACACACACAGACGCUAAUGCAUGCUCGCUUUUACAUUUCUACAGACAACACUACUGACGGAAUACACACAAACAUUGAAUACGUAUACUUAAGUCUAUAUAAAAACAUGCUCUAUAUAUGGCGCCAAACCGAAUCAGAAAAGGUUAAUGGAGGCGUACAUAAAAUUAUAUGUAACUUAAAUAAAUAUGAUUCUUUAACUUA